UUUAACAUGAAGGGUUGGCCCGCCAUAACCCAUCAAAUUCCUUGGUUCGCAUAACUUAAGCUGAAUUAGAUUGAGCUGGCCUAUUUUGACAUCUUUAUUUGGAAUGAAAAUUACUAGAAAGAUUUUGACUUAAGAUUGUGUUAAGUCAAUGAAAUGUCGAUAUUCUCCUCCCUUUAUCAACUAUGUUUCGUUAUGUAUAUAUAGCCAAAGAAGCAAACACUUUUUCCUUUAUACAAGUUAAACUUUUUGCUAAAUUUUGGCAAUCGUGAACCGUCUCCACUCUCCUCUACCCAUACGAUUCUCGUUGCUGCUAGGGUUUCAAGCCCCCUUUUCCCUUCUUCUUUGUUAACGCCAACUCAAAAUCUGGGCAUUAAAAAUUAAAUGGAAACAUUGAAGGACAACGUGAUGACUAUUAGCUCUGAUGAGUUUGAGAAUAAUAUCAUGGCUGAUGCUGAGGAAUUUUCUCCAGCUAUUCAACAACAGGAUAGUGGGACUCAUAAGGAAUGGAAUGAAGUAUCAAAAUUACCUGCAGACUAUAUUAGGAGAGAAGAUAUGGAAAUGAAAGACGUGGCGAUGAAACAUGUGUUGCCUUUCCUUCCUGGCAAGUCCUUGAUGAAGUUUCGGACAGUGUCCAAUGAAUGGAAUCAUUGGAUAGGUUGUCCGUUAUUGGCAUACCAGCAAAGCACUUCAUUCCAGAAACUUUCAGGCUACUUUCAUCAGAUUGUGGAUGUGGAUCUCCAAUAUGAUCCUAACCUUUUGUCUCUGGAUCAUUCUGCGAAUGGAGUCCCCAAUCCUUCCCUGGGUUUCUUGCCUGAGGGGAUUAAAAUUAUCAGUUCUAGUAGCGGGUUGCUCCUUUGCCAGGGGUUGGAGAGUUAUUACGUUUGCAAUCCUCUGACCGAAGACUGGAAACGUAUCCCUCCUCAUCAAUAUUAUCACGGAUCUGAUCCAGCUGUCAUUCUUGCAUUUGAUCCGGAGGGUAAUAUUGAAUCAUAUUUUCACCUUGUCGCUGCUGUCCCUCUUCUUGAUCAACCAGUUGUGCUAUUUGAGAUUUACUCAUCUGAAUCAAACUCCUGGAGGCGCUCAUCUUCAGAGUGUCUUGAGUUCGAAGAUGCAACUCUUGUUGGUGGAGGAUUAUAUUUGAAGGGGAUGGCGUACUGGAGUACAAAAUCAAAUGGCGUGCUAGCAUUUGAUAUAAAAAAUGAGGUCGCAGCAGUUUUGCGUGUGCCUAUUCCACCUGGUAGAUAUGGUGCAUUGACUCAGGUAAAGGAUGAGUUAUCCUAUGUUACUAUUUAUAAUGAUUGCAAGGAUGUUUUUAUGUUAGAUUUCUACGGAGGAAUGGACAUGAGUCUGAACCGUAGUAUCUGCGUCAAUCUUGGACAUAAGAAGCUUCGGCAAACAUUGGAUAAAGAUUCCUUUAUUGACAAUGGUAGUGUGUUGUGCAGUGUAUUACCAUGUAUAAACAAUGGUGAUGACAUUGUGGUGAUCUGCACAACUGAAAGGAUAUACCUUUAUUACCUGAGUGGGCAGAAGGUGGAGACUAUUAUGACUCCAGGGCAAUUCAAUCCAAAGAGAAGAUUUAUACCAUACACAAACAGCCUUGCUGCCAUACAUGAGCUGAAGAACUAGCUGUUUAUGAUCAUUUUUGUUUCUGUCAAGUAGAAUUUCGAUGUCCUUCCAUUAGAACUCGAUGAACUUAUUUUUAAUUAUUUAUUGCUUGAUUGUGUGUUUUCA